UGGGACUGGGGUCAAGCAUGACCCCGCCCGCGUUGAGGCGCUCCAACAGCUGCCGUCCCCCGUGUCUGGUGCUGACCUGCAGCAGUAUAUGUGCGCCAUCAACUGGAUGCGCAUAAGCAUCCCCGGGUACAACAUGCUGGUGCAGCCGUUGACGGAGAUGCUGGAGCGGGUGUUUGCCGCUGGUGGCGGUAAGAGGACCAAGCAGGCCGCUGCGGCCGUGCUGUUGGAGGACAUCGGCUGGUCGGUCGUGCACGACGAUUGUUUGGCCAAGACCAAUGCCGUGCUUGGGAACGUGAUGGAGCUGUGUCACCCGGACCCCCAGCAGCGACUUUGUGUGUUUGCUGACUCGUCGGAAGGCCACUGUGGAUCUGUGAUCACGCAAUACACGGCCCAAAAGUUGGAACGGUGGGCCCUGCUGCUGAUGGGCUACAGUUAUGUCAUCCAUGACAUCCCCGGCGAAGUCAACGUCUGGGCUGACCUGCUGUCGCGCUGGGGAUCUACCCUCCCCAGCAUAUGUGCCAUCAGCCAGCAGCCACUGCUGAUCUCGCCGUUGCGGGAUGAAAAGUUUGUUUGGCCAACAUUUGUGUCCAUCGCCGAAGCCCAGGUGGUCGCCCCUGACGACGUCUUGUCGAGAAUGACCAAGAGCCUAGACGCCGUCCACCUGGUGGUUCUGGCGUCUGGCCAGGCGUGGCUUCUACGUCUCGUCGACGAUGUGAUCUGGGUACCCGUCGCCGCCGCCGAGUUGCAGCUGCGGCUGUGCGUGUGUGUCCAUGCAAGUUUGGCGGGCCACCGCACGGCCAAGGCCACGUUGGCCAGCCUGGAGUCGUUCUGCCAGUGGACCGGCAUGAAGGGCGACGUUGAAUUUUUUGUGCGUCGGUGCCUACAUUGUGCCAGUGCAUCUGGCGGUUCGCCGCGUCCGCUUGGCGAGGCCCUCCACUCGACCGCACCCAAUGGACUAAUUCAUUGGGACUUUGUGUUCAUGGGCGCCUCCAAGACAGGCGGCGACAAGUACCUGCUGGUAGUCAAGUGUGACGCCAGCAAUAUGGUUUGGUUCUUUCCGGCUCCCGAGGCCACGGCAACGUUCGUCAAGUACUGCCUCCUGCAGUGGUUCGCCGUGUUCGCCGUGUGCUACGAGUGGGUCUCCGAACAGGGGACCCAUUUCAAGAACCAAGUUAUCGCGGAGCUCCAGCACGUGCUGGGGGCUCAUCACUUCACGACUGCCCGCUGCCUAUGGGCGAAUGGCACAGUGGAGGUCGUGAUGCAGCAGUUGCUGCGUCUAUUCCGGGCAUGUCUGAGCGAGUGGCGCAUGGCGCCCGACCAGUGGCCCGAGGCCCACCUCGUCAGCAUGCUCGUGCUCAACCAGCUGCCUUCACCCUCCCUUGGUGGUAUGGCUCCCGUGACCGCCAUGUCUGACCGUCCGGCAAUGUCGCCGGCUGAAACCAUGGCGUUGCCGGGUCAGCUCAUCUCGGCCACGCUGGCUGAGGUGGAAGAAGGUCAACGUGAGAACAUUGCCGCGCUGGAAGAAAUGCACAAACAGAUGUUGGUGGAAAACGCACGGAAGCGUGACCGCUUGCGGCAAUACCACGAUAAGAAGAAGGGUGUGCAGAUGGCCCAGAAGUUGCGGACCAAGUGGUGCGGCCCGGCCGUCGUCACCGAGGUGACCAGUAACUGGGUGUACAACGUCGAGAACCUGCUAGCUUACUACGUUCGCCCCGUCCACGCCAGCCGUCUGAUAUUCUACGAGGACUGUGACUUGGACGUGAUGUCCGAGCUGCUGGCCCACGUCGCCCACAACUCAGAAGGCUUCGAGGUGGAGGCUAUGGUGGACGCGCGGUACGUCCCCACGACCAACGUUUACGAGCUGUUAAUCAAGUGGCGCGGACUCCAAGACGCGGACAACUCGUGGAAGCCCGCCAACAACAUCUUCGCCGAUUUACCCGUGAUGUUCAAGGCUUUCUGCAAGGCGGCCACGUCCGCCGUAAUCAAGAAGAUUGCCGUUGCUUACGAGGUUAUGUAA